AUGAGCACGGCGCUACUUCGGCUAAUAGCUCUGCUGUUCCUCCUCCCGCCUCCCCUCCGCCACUACCUCUCGCCAGCAAGCGGCGGCAGGGCCAGCCAGCUCAACGUCAAACACCCCAUCAUCCUGCUCCCCGGCUUCAGCUGCUCCAACCUCGAGGCGCGGCUGACGGACGAGUACGCGCCGUCGCAGCCCCGCUGCGGCGCCCUCAAGGGCCAGGGGUGGUUCCCGCUGUGGAACGACACCUGGGCCAUCGUCAACCACGACUACCUGCCCUGCUUCGAGGAGCAGAUGAGCCUCGUCUUCGACCCCAUCCUUGAUGACUACCGCAACAUCCCCGGCGUGGAGACCCGCGUGCCGGACUUCGGCUCCACCCACGGCAUCACCUCCAAGAACGACGCGGGUCGCAACGAAUUCUGCCUGAUAAAGCUCCGCGACGAGCUGGAGGCGCUGGGUUACCGCGACAGGGACACCCUCUUCGGGGCUCCCUACGACCUGCGGCACGCCCCACCGCCGCCCGGCCAACCAUCCCGGGUCUACUCCGACUACUUCGCCCGCCUCGUGGAGCUGGUGGAGCACGCGAGCGACAAGAACGGGGGCAAGCCGGCCAUCCUCCUCGGGCACAGCUUCGGCGGCAGGGUCCUCCUGGACUUCGUCACCUCCACGCCCCUGCCGUGGAGGCAGAGGUUCAUCAAGCACCUGUUCCUCGUCUCGCCCACGACCCCCACGGGCUUCAUGCUCGCGCUCACCAACCUAGCCUCCGGGUCGUCAGUCGUCCAGCUCCCCACCGUCUCAUCGCUCGCACUGAGGUCCAUGUGGAGGACCUUCGCCAGCUCCCUCCUGUCCAUGCCGGCCCCUAGGGUUUUCGGCCGCAGGCCGCUCGUCAUCACCAAGGAGAGGAACUACUCCGCCUACGACUACCCAGAUUUCCUCGCGGCGCUCGGUUUCAGCGCCGAUGGGAUCGUGCCCUUCGUGAAACGGGUGCUCCCCACGAUGGUGCGCAUCGACGCGCCGAUGGUGCCGACCACGUACAUCAACGGCGUCGGUGUCCAGACGGCGGAGCAGGUAAUGUACCUGGAUGGUAACUUCGACGUCGCCACCGAGACCGUAUACGGCGACGGAGACGGGACCAUCAACGCGGCUAGCAUUUUGGCGUUUGCCAAGGAGGUGGGCACGCAACAUCGCCGGAAUAAUGACAUACCCUUCAAGUUCGUUAAGAUUCCUAAUGCUACGCACGCCGGUAUUGUCAUCGAGAAACAUCCGCUCGCUAGAGUCAUGGCUGAGCUUCUGGAAGCUAAUUCUUGA